GAGAUUUGUUUAAAUUUAUGAGUCACCAAACUAAUGUACGAAUAAAACAAACGCUACCAAUUUAUUUAUUUAUUGAUGUUUAACCCCGACGUCAUGUACUUUUCAACUUUUCUAGGUGCCGCUAGUGUCACAUAUCCGUUAAAAUCCAUAGCCAACGAAAUCCAUCGAUAUUUGUGCAUUGUCGGCUCUAGGAGCGCGUGGUUUGGACUCUGGUGUUACCACGACCAAGUUUUACGUUUUACUGUCGGUGAAAGCGACGGUACCGUGAAACCGCCGCCAUUUCAGCAGCUCAAGGGAUGUAUGCAAUUGUGGAAUUUAGGCUAACCCAAGAGGUGGAGAUCGUGCCUUGCACGUGGGUCACGGGAAACAACUGUUUAUGGCCGAAGGUGUCCACCGAUAAGGCUGUCAAGCUAGUGCGAAAGGGGGGGCCACCAGGACCAGGGUUUUCUGAGUUCGAGGUGACUGUGAAAGGACUAUUCAAUUCCUACGAAGAAGGGCGAUCUAAGUUGGAGCGGUCGCGGUUCACAUCUGAUCUCUCGGACGAGGAGAUACGCCCAAAGCGUAGGAGAUUUCGCCCCACACGCUGGAGCGAGUCCGACUCAAGCUCGGAUGAAUUCCCGGAAGCCCCGAUGCCGCUCUGCGCACGGCAGAACUCGCCCAGUAGCCAGAGACUGGAAUCACAGAGUGCGAGCCCGGCAAGAUCAAUACACAGUGAAAUGUCGCAAGCUGCACUAAUGCGAGGUGCUAGUGGUUCGUCCCAGUCGUCUAGCACUUCGAUAAACACGCUGGCUCCCAGUCCACAAGAUAAAGGUGCCUGUGGUUCGUUCCAGACACCUAAAACGUCAACAAGGACACCGGCUCCCAGUUCACGAAAUAAAGCGCCUGCAGUUGUCUUUAUCUUCGUAGAUGCCAGUGGUUUUUCAACCGCAUCUCAAACAUUGACAAGGAUGUCGGCUCCCAGUCGAUUAGAUCAAGCACUGCAGGCUAUGCAACACAUGACGCCUAGCACCAGUGCUUCGACCUGCGCUGAUCUGCGGGCCACUGCUAGGAUCUUGAGUGCUGCUGAGUUUCAGCGACGGGUGCUGAAUGGGAUGAGCGUCAUGAGGAGCCAGCAGACGGAGAUAAUGGACAUGAUUUCGACAUUGCUACGAGCGCGUGAGAGUUUCGUUGUAGAGCCCAGCCAGCCGAUCCUCGUUGAUCCCCUCGACACUCCUGAAGCAAUUGAGGUGUUUGAUGGCGCUCUUGCAGAUGCCACGAGUGAGGCUUUGGUUGUGGAGCUGACCUCCCUUGGGGACCUGUCUAUCAAAACAACUGUAAGGUCUAUGCUUGCACACCUGAUUAGUGACGAAGCUGCAGCCAAGUUCAGCAUGGAUGGGCGCAAAGGGAAGGUUUUCCGUAGCCUUAAGCUGUACAAAUUGAUCUUUGCUGCUAUAAAGCGGACAAAGCACUGCAAAGAGUCUACGAAAAAAGAGGUGGAAACGGAAGUCAAGGAGUGGCUUCGCCGCGCAAAGGAGAGGUGCACCACUUCUAAGGGAGAGUAGGCAUCUACCUUCAAGUGUGAGAAAGGUGCCUCUGCCCUGGUUCUGAUUGCAAAUAAAAAACUAUUUUGCUGUCUAACAUCCUUGUUUCCUUCUAGCUUACGAAACAUAAGGCCAACUGGCACUGCGACAUCACUACGUAAAAUGUAAUCAAAUGAUUGCAAAAUUACUUUAAAAAGUAGUACACAUGCAUCACAAUUCAUUUGAUUACUUGUAGUCGAGAACAUACAAUACUGUUUUUCUUUUUACCGCACACAGUAUCAGCUUGAAAGGAGCUUACAAUUCUAAGGUUCUAGGCCUCUAUUAAUGGACCUUCGGACAACACUUGAAAAAAAAAAAACGAAUUACCGAUGUGUCCACCUCUUUUUUUCCCCGUCAUACCUAUUGAAUGAUCUUGGAGACCCCAGAAAGCAUCUAUUGCGCCCCUCAAACCCUUAGCAAAUCCUAGAGGGCCCAUCAGACUUUGCAGAAAAUUGUGAUGGGCCCCUAUGGAACUUCAGGAAAUACUGUGAUGGGACCUCUUAAGACCUCAGGAAAUCUUGAAGGGGCCA